CGUACAAAAAGUGAAGCUGAAGACAUUUUACUAAGCGAGCUAGCUCACAACCCCAACAACAACAACCUCACCCUACCUUUAUUUUUCCUACACAACACCCCCCCGACCUUCAGAUCAACAUGGCUAUGUGAAUUGCUACUGGCUGGCAAACUGUGUCAUGGAUCUGGACGCUGCCUACGAUGCCCCUGAUCCAGUCACAAGCUCCGAAUCUGAAACUGAGCCCGAUGGAAAAAAAGCCCCACUCAAACAAUCCCACAAAUUCAUGCAACUGACCAACUAUUCACUUCGGUCACGACAACCACAAGUACAACCAGCACUUGAGCCAAACACUCCAACUCGCCAGAGUGCAUGCCUUCAACUCCAGACCCCUCCAGCGACACAACACAAGGUUCGGAAAGGUCCAAUUCCAACGUUUGCGCCUGGUCAAAAGUUCAGCAAGAAGAUGCCGGCCCAAAAGACUGCUGGAAAGGCUCCAAGAAAGACCUCAGGGAUCAGCGGAAAGAAGAUUGUGAAGAAGGCCGCGAAGAAAAGCCAUCGUUAUAAGCCUGGUACCGUUGCUCUCCGACAAAUCAAACAGUACCAAAAAUCGACAGAACCUCUCCUUCCCCGUGCGCCAUUCACGUGACUUAUCCAUGAGAUCAUCAGCGACUUGCGCCCUCGCGAGGACUUUCGGCUUCAGCCUUCUGCAAUUUCUGCUCUCCAGGAAGCUGCAGAAACUACACUAGUCAAGAAGUUUGAAAUGACCCAGCUGGCUGCUAUCCACGCAAAGAGAGUCACAAUUCAACAGAAGGACAUGAAGCUUGUCCAGCAGAUGCACUUACACAUGACGGGGUUUUCAUUUCCAGGCAAACUAAGAUAGGAGAGAUGGAAGAUACCAGGAAUAGGGCAAAUGAGUAGCAGGAUACAGAUAGUAGAAAUCCAAUGAAACGUUUCUACUAUAUUGGUCUAUUGUAACUGUAUAGUAAUAACUAUAGUAACGAUUGUAUUUGUGGCAAC